UAGCGGUGUGGGAGACCUUUGUUUUACCUCAUCUCCUCUCCUCUGAGCUUUUGUCUGAGAUGAUGGUCCAGGCCUGGGUCAGCUUUCAGUAUUGCCUGAGCACAUCUAGAUUCAGGGAUGGGUGAGGAGGCUGGAUUCCCUUUGAAUGUACAGUUUUCUUCAAAGGAAGCAAAUGAAAAGAGGGAUGCUAGUAGUGCCCCGGAAUGCCUUAUGUAGAUCGUCAGAAUCGAAUCUGCGGAUUCCUGGACAUUGAGGAUAAUGAAACCUGUGGAAAGUUCCUGCGACGGUAUUUCAUCCUGGAUACCAAAAUCAACAGCCUUCUGUGGUAUAUGGACAAUCCUCAGAACCUGGCUGUAGGCUCGAGAGCAGUAGGAUCCUUACAACUGACCUACAUCUCUAAGGUCAGCGUGGCUGCCCCCAAACAAAAGCCGAAAACACCGUUCUGUUUUGUUAUCAACGCCUUGUCUCAGCGCUAUGUCUUGCAAGCAAAUGACCAAAAAGAUCUGCAAGACUGGGUGGAAGCAUUAAAUACGGCCAGCAAGAUUACGGUACCAAAGCAUGGAAGUUUGUCACUAGCCACAGAAGUGGGAAGGCGCCCAUAUAAGACUGAGAUCAUUGGUGGAGUAGUUGUGCAGACUCCCAUCUCGGUCAACCAGAAUGGAGGGGAUGGCUCUGAAGGCAGUGAGCUCGCAUCUCACCCUUUGUUGAAACGGUCCCAGAGUUACAUCCCAACCACCAAAACACCGGUUGGACCUCUAGUCCUCAAGAGCGGUUACUGUGUCAAACAGGGGAAUGUGAGAAAGAGCUGGAAACGCCGGUACUUUAUGCUGGAUGAAACUUCUGUCAGUUAUUUCAAAUGUGAGCAGGAUAAAGAGCCCCUGCGGUCAAUCCUCCUGAAGGAUGUGCUGAAGACACAUGAAUGUCUCGUCAAAUCUGGUGACCUUCUAAUGAGGGAUAAUCUCUUUGAAAUUAUAACAAGCUACCGGACCUUCUAUAUCCAGGCCUACAGCCCUGAAGAGAUGAAAAGCUGGAUCAAAGAGAUCUCGGGUGCAGUACAGGCCUUAAAGAGCUGCCCCAGAGAAAUGCCUUUGGUGAGGUCAGUCUCGAUGGAUAAACGAGGGAGUCCCUCCUUGUCCAGCUCCGCCACAUCCUCCAUCGCACGGCUAAAGCAGCGAGGAGAGGAGUCCGGGGUUGGUCACAAAGGCCCUGCCACUUCUUGCUGGCUCCCGUGGAUGCCCGUGCCCCAGUUGGAAGAGAAGCAGCAGCCAGGGUCAAAGGAGAAGGCUGAUCAGCUGAGCAACUCUGGGUUUGCCCCUUUGUUUGCUGAGCGAGAUGCUGGAGACCCCCAGGUCCGGCGUCUCCGGCACAGGUCGGAACCCCAGAACUCCAAAGAGCACCGCUUUCUGAUUGAUUUGGAUGAUGAAAACAUCCGAACCUCAGACGUGUGACUGCACAGCAGGGUGGACGUUGCCAGGAAACAGGCAAUCUAAGGGUGGGAUGUUCUGGAUGAACACCAGCUACCUUGCACCUGCUCCAGAUGCUGAGAUGGAACAGAUACUGCAAUGCAACAAACUUAAAGCUGAGAAGGACCUACACAUAUGUGGGGACCGCAUGCCCUGCCAGAGCCUUCUCAAGACCAGGACAAUUCAGAGGGUGCCAGCAUGUUCAAGAUGGUCCUGCUUCAAGUCUGUUGAGGAUGUAGAACCAUGCAAUGGACCCCGCCCCAUUUGCCGUGAGAUGCUGUUCAUUCCACUAUCGUUGCUUCCUGUCGAGUGGAGGGAAGGCCAUAUCAUUCAGCUGGAGGCCUUGAUGAAUAUGAUGCUUUCCUGUCUGUGUGCUUGUGCAAAAGGUGUUUCUUUACUAGAGUUACCUGGACCAAACAGCCACAUAGUAUAUGUUCCCUUCCUGUUCUGGUAGCAGCAACAGAGUGGUUUUGCUUGAUCAGUGGAUGAGUUGAAGGCAGCUCAUCCUGCUUUAUGUCCAAAGCUUAGACUAUGUCUUGGAAGAGAGCUUGGAAUGCUGUUCAAGAAUACUGUGCCAAAAAGAUAUAUAUAUUCUGCAUUUUUCCCCAUUCAAUUUGAUUGAUGUAGGCUGGGGAAGCCCGCCUUCCUCCCUCACUUCCUCUCUCUCAUGGGUGAAAUUCUCAGAUGAGAAUAUGAGGUUCUGGUACUUGCCUGAGUUACAAGGUAGCCAAGAUUUUGAGCCCUUCAUAAUACAAUUGUUUCUAGCAGGGAUAAUGAAUUCAGUCCCUUGGCUACCAAGGAGCAGUAUAGUAGGGUGAAAAACAUCACCCCACACAUUCUAAAGAAAUUCAAAAGCAGGCUGGGAAUGAGGUAUACAUAAAAUCCACACAGAAGAAGGGAAUUUUCAAAAAACUGGAGAGAGGAAACAGAGCAAGCACAUCCUCAUUGAAAGAGCAUCUUUUUUUAUUCUUGUCUGGGGUCUAUGAGACUGUGAAAAAAAAAAUGGAGAUACCAAAAUACUUUUUCCAUAGUGAAUACCAAAUGAUAGUUUAGUAUUGAGCAAUGACAUUGUCUUAUGCUGGCCAGAUAGUGAUUCCUAGAGUUGAGUAAUUGUUUUAAUGACUGCUCAGGGUUCACCAAGAUUUCAAACCGGGGUCUUUCCCAGUAACCUUUGGAUCCUGGGGACCUGGGGGUGCAAGCAGGUGGUAUGCCCCAACACUUUGAUCUACUAUGAUGAGUGGGAAUGAACAUCUUGCAAGCAGCAGGAGGACGUAGACCUCAUGUAGCCUUUGCAAGAUUGCUUCCUCUUCCUCUAGAAUUUUCAGGACAGCUGGGCUGGAGGGCAGAAGAAAUUUAGUUCAGAAGAUGUUGGAGCUGCCAAUGUGAGGAAUACAUGGCUGUCAUAUGAAGAAGGAGAACAGAACUAAGUCCCACCCUUCCCAAACAAAGCCCAGCUUCUUGCUUUGUUCUCCUGUUAGCCUUUCCUGGGGUGCAGCUUUACAGGCCGGGGCUACCUGGAAAGCUUUGAUAAAUGAAGAUGAGUUCCUAGUCUGCAUCAAGUCAGCAGGUAGAGGGGGCAGGAGGCUCUGAAUGGUGAGGAGAGGCAGGAGAAAGGCUUUCCUAGGGAGAGCUAGUUCCAUUCUUCAACAUUUCCUUGUAUGCACGAGAUUUCCAAAUAGUAAUCUUACCCAAGCUUGCUGUUCAGAGUGUAACUCUCCCCUUAAAGAGGAUAGAACUUCAGGAGAUUUUGUGAGCACAGCAGAUGGGGUACAGAUUUGCAAUUCCAGAUGUAUGAUGCACAUCCUGGCUUCCAUUAGUUGGCAGGAAGCAUUCUGUGGAGCAGAUGAGGAGGAACCACCCUCCUGUUUUGAGCCAUAGGCUUAAGGUUAAAUCCUGUGUUCAACUGGGUCAAGACUACUCUUACAAAAUGUGUGAAUGUCUGUGAUAUCAAGAUACUCAGGUGUGCAUCCUUUCGUACUUCAAUUAAUUCAGGAACAUAAAAGAGUUUUUUAAAAUGCAGUAUGAUGCCUAUUUUGCCCUUGCUUCAGAUUCAUGCUAAGCACUAAGCAAAAUAAUAUUUGUUUUGAGAUGUGAAGCAAUAGGUGAAUUUGGAGCACUUUUCACUAAGCGUCAUGGGUACUGCAAGAAAAGAAUAUUGGCUUAAAUCAUCCACAUUAUUCUACCCCCUCAAAAGAAAAUGAAAAGCUCUAGUUGCAGCCUGUGUAAUUUAAGGAACUUGAAUCAUUUGCAUCUUUUUUUUUCCUUUCUGAUGUAAUUGAAUUUUUGCUAUGGGUAUAACUUGGUCCACAGCCUUAUGUGAAGGUUCGGUGCUCAGACUUGGAAGUAAGCUCUGCUAAAAUCAGGUACCAUGCGCUGUUCUCUGGUUUUACCAUUGAUGACAGGGAGGCAAGAAAGAAAGCAGAGCGGUAAGGCAUUAUGUUGUGGGCCACCGGAUUUUUUGACACCCACUUGUAUGCAUGCUUAGUUGCAAAAGGGUCCUGAAAAGUUAAAUGGGGCUUAUUCCCAAACCAAUGGACACACAAUCACAGCUUUCAUCCACUUAUUUGCUUUUGAGAUUUUUAAACCAUUGUUAAUACAUAAAAUUAUGGCCAGAA